AGUAGAUCAUCUGACCAACGGUCGCGGGAAGCCCUUCACCAUGCGCUUCAUAACGAUGCUCUUGAGUUUCGCUAGAUCAAUGUAUGUAAACAUAGCUAGCCAAUGAUUUGUUGUGAAAAUACACUUUUAGAGUUUGUAACGUUUUAAAGUCAUUUCAUUGCGAGUUUUUGGGAUAAUUUUUUUUUUUUAGGUACCCCGACGGAUUUGAUGUUUUUCUAUUCGCGCAAGGGGUUGCAGUGCGCCACAGCCAUUUUCCGGUACCUAUAAGCUAACUUGGCUGUAGCUAGUAGGAGUGACCACGGCAGGGGCGUGUAGCUGGUUAGCUAACUGUACAGCUAGCGACACAUCUUCGGAGCAAAUUUAUCAGAUGAACAUAAACUUGCUUGAGAUGUAGGUUACAAUUUGCGACCCGUCAUCAAGAGAAAGUGUUCGCUGAACGUCAGGCAGAUUUCGGUGGAAGUUUGGCUCUUUUUUUUGUUGCCAUACUUCUCGUUUGCCAGGUAGCAGCGUCAACUUUGCUGCGUGGCUAGCCGAAUGACUUGAUAUUACAAGCUACAUUAAUGUAUUUUACGGUGAUUAUAUACAUACUACAGUAGUUGCAUAGUAAUUACGCGGAUUAGCUAGCUAACAGUUAACGUUACACCUUUAGCUAUAAACGGACACUUUUUUUGUUUUUGUUUUAAAGCGAUAGCCUGGUUUUAAAUGAAAAUGCAGAGUUACAGUUGCCGUCGUCGGCAUGGAAGUUCAUCUCCAAACGCCCGACCAAUACGUCAGAAGUUACAGUUUGCACCGAGCGAUGAAGAGGAUGACCCGAUUGAGGACGGCAACAACAGCACAGGAGCAGAAUCGGGCUUUACAGAACUGGACUCUCCAAUGCAUGAGCUACGGGACAGUGUCGAUAAACGACUCGAACACAGCAGCCCUCUGAAUCGGACUGGGGAACGCGGUGAUGUGGAACUAUGGGACGAAGAGGGAUUCGGUUCUCCGUCUCACCUUCAGUCCCCCAGUAGCGUUAUUUUCACGAAGGGGUCCCGGUCACCACGGAAAAGCUCUCGGGUGUACGGCAAUUCACCGGAGCGGUCAUACAUUCAGGACGAUGGGGAAGGCUCGAGCUCACCUAUUCCAGACUGCCCCGACACACCUCCACACAAAACCUUCAGAAAACUUCGCCUUUUUGAUACUCCACACACACCAAAGAGUUUGCUGAACAAAGCCAGAACUGCCAGCUCAGUGUCCUCAAGUAGGAGAGUGGCUCUCUUCAGGAAUGUGGAUUCCACAGGAAAAUCUGGUCCAGACAGUAGGAGAAGCCAGACCCCUUUGGUCAACAUCAACCCCUUCACCCCGGAAGCCCUUCUCAUCCAGUCUACCACUCAACAGAAGAAUAACAGGAAGAGGGCACACUGGAAUGACUCCUGUGGUGAGAACAUGGAGGCGAGUGACGCUGAAACCGAAGAAAUCAUUCCUCCGCCAAAGAGAAUCACCUUGAUGGAGAGUAAUAUGAAAUCCAGAUACGCCUCUGAGUUCCACCAGCUGGAGAAGAUCGGCUGCGGGGAGUAUGGGGCCGUCUUCAAGUGUGUCAAAAGACUGGACGGCUGCAUCUAUGCUAUCAAGCGUUCAAAGAAGCCCCUGGCAGGCUCUGUGGAUGAGCAGAAUGCCCUUCGGGAGGUGUAUGCCCAUGCUGUGCUGGGCCAGCACCCCCACGUGGUUCGCUACUACUCAGCCUGGGCAGAGGAUGACCAUAUGCUCAUCCAGAACGAGUACUGCAACGGCGGCACCCUCUCAGAUGUCACGGCCGAGAACUAUCGGCGGCUCGGCUUCCUAUCGGAGCUGGAGCUGAAGGACCUGCUGCUGCAGGUGACUCGCGGCCUCAAGUACAUCCACUCAUCCUCGCUGGUCCACAUGGACAUCAAGCCUAGCAAUAUUUUUAUCUCACGCAAGACGGUGUGCAGUGUAGACGCAUGUGAUGAAGAGGAGGACGAAAAGGAUGGACUGGCAACCAGUGUGGUAUACAAAAUAGGUGACCUUGGCCAUGUGACGAGGGUGAACAAUCCUCAAGUUGAAGAAGGCGAUAGCAGGUUCCUGGCAAAUGAAGUCCUCCAAGAGGACUACAGUAACUUGACGAAGGCGGACAUCUUUGCCCUGGCCCUGACUGUUAUCAGUGCCUCGGGGGCAGAGCCUCUGCCCACCAAUGGGGAUAAGUGGCACGAGAUCCGUCAGGGAAAACUGCCACCCAUCCCACAAGUGCUCUCUCAGGAAUUCAUGAGUCUACUCAAGCUGAUGAUCCACCCUGACCCCACUAGGCGGCCGUCCACCUCUGACCUCAUCAAGCACCCGGUGCUGUUGACCGCAGCUAGAAUGACUGCUGAUCAGCUCCGUGUGGAACUCAACGCAGAGAAGUUCAAGAAUGCACUGCUUCAGAAGGAGCUUAAGUUGGCCCAGAUUGCCAAAGCUGCUGCUGAGGAUAAGGUUCUGUCCACAGACAGAGUCCUGACCCGUUCCACUGUCCAGCCCAACUCCAAAACCUCCAGACUCAUCGGCAAGAAGAUGAACCGCUCAAUGAGCCUGACCAUUUACUGAAAUGCAGACACGUCCCUCCCCCAAUGAGGUUGGAACAUGGACUGGAAAACUGAUAUCUAGGGAAUCUGACUAGCUACGUAUUCUCUUGGGUACAAGUGCUGAAAAUGGACCCAAUUUCCACUGGUCACAGGAGAGACUUCACUGUCAAACUCGGUGCUGUGGGUGGACCUUUCUUGUCUGACUCGGUCAAGACUGAGACUAGACAUUGCCAUACUCAAUUAGUACUGACAUGUCAAAUAUUUGACCAGUAAUUCUGGUAGUGGACAUCUUGACAGAGACCAAGCAUUCCUUAAGGUAGUUAAUGUACCUUUUUUUUCUGUUUUGUUUUUGUCAGCCACAAGUCUAAGUAGAUUGCAGAGGCUCUCCACUGUACUCCAUGCACUUCCUUAAAAGCCUUGCUCUUUGAUGGAGAGGGACACAGAGAAGCCCUCAGUGUGUGAAUGUACCAGGCCACAGAUGUGUGCACCUUACUGCCUGAUUCCAGGCAUCCGAGGGUCUGUCAGACAAUGCUUUUAAGAGCACUUUGGAAGCAACGGGGAACUUGCCACACAACCUGCUGCUAUUCAUGUCUUUGUUCUAUGGGGUUAAUGGAUUUUUCAUUUUCCCAUUAGGGUAGUUUUAAAUCAUUGCACCCAUUAUCAUAUUUGGUGGACUAUAAUUGUGGACCAUAACAUUAUUAUUUUGUUUAAACUAUAAAUAUAUUUUUAAAUGGAUCAUGCAAUACAUGUAAGAAAAUGGUGUCUAUCAAACCUGGUUUAAAAAAAGUGCUUUCUUUGCCAAAAUUAAACAUGAGUACAGCCUGCAACUUCAACCCUGCCUUUGUAGCAUUAAAUAAAUCAUUGUUCUGUAGGUUCUCCGUUUAACUCUGUUAUAGCCUGUACAUUAUCUUUUAAUAAAUUCUUAUCAAAUUCAUGUAACAUAUUACAUAAGGCCCUACAUGACUGUAUUACCCCCCUUAUCGCACACCUGGCACGUUGUAACCAAUUCAGUUCAAUGUGACUAAUCUACUAGGUGUAUUUUGACUAGCUGCCAUGAGGAAAUGAAGAACUAAAAUGUGCGUUGACAUUCGUGGACAAGCGUCUGGCAGCUUGUCACGUGACUGUCUCAUUGUAUCCUAUUAUGAGAAAAACGUUCCGCAACACGAGCUACUUUUAGUCAAGCAAGCAGCCAUCUCAAUGGCACUACGAGACGAACUUUUAAAGCCAAUAUGGCACGCGUUUACAGCGUUGGACCUGGACAAAAGUGGGAAAGUGUCCAAAUCCCAGUUAAAGGUGCUCUCGCAUAACUUGUGCACUGUGAUGAGGAUCCCCCAUGACCCGGUGGCCCUUGAAGAGCACUUCAAACAUGACGACGUAGGCCCUGUCUCUACUCAGGGCUACAUGCCCUACUUGAACAAGUUCAUUUUGGACAAGUGGUGUCGGAAAGAAUUACUACAGCAAGACACCUUUGUUCAUUUCACAGAGGGGAGCUUAUGGGACAGUUUUGUAGUUGUUGAUUAUAUUAAAGGUUACCAUGAUGACAAUUUGUAGGCUAAUUCUUGUGAAAUGUCACAGAGUUAUCGUAAAUGUUUUGGCAUACUUGUUUUCAUACUUGUUGUUUUUCAUGACAUAGAAUUAUUGUGUGUUCUAAAAAAUUACUACAGAAUUUAUUGUCAUCAAUGACAGUUUAAAAUUAGAAUGUUUAUGGUUAACCUUUGAAAAUGUUCCUGGUAAGAACCCAUUUUGGACUUGGUGUGCAUUUCAUAGUCUGGGAUUUCCAUUUGAAGGCAGAUAUCUACUGUUCAAGUGCUUCCUAUGACACACACGAGGAAAUAGAUGGCAAGGGAUUUUACAAUACACCUUACGGUACAUUAGCCCAUUCCAUUCUCUGACGUGUUAAUAUAUCUUCUCCUGUCACUUCCUCGAGCUCUCGUUCCUCUAAUACAACAAAAAGGUUUCAGGAACCUAGAUAUGACAUCAUGGACAAACAUCAAGAGUCUCCCCACCCAUGUGGAUAUGACCCUACCAAACAGGUCUGGAGCACCACACCCACUCCCCAGGGAAACUCCAUCCUAACAGUUGUGUGUGUGUGUGUGUGUGUGUCACCUUCUUCCUCCCUGACUCACUCCACUUGUCAGACAAUUACAGUGACUCAGCCGGAGAGGCAAUCAAGUCCAUCGCUGACUGUUCCACAUAAUUCCCCAUUCUGCCAUUUGGGACUCCGCAGUCGCUCACUAUGUGGAGCACAUCAUUCUUCCUAGCCAACUGACCCUGUAGAAACCUGGAAUGCAUUGUUAAUUGGGAGCUUAAUUUGUUCCUCUUUUGUUAGAAGGGGAACAAAAGAAAGCAAGGUUACACAAACAACAGAGCACCAAAAUAGUUCAAGGCUGUGAACAUGUGACCUUCCUUUAGUUAACAUUUUUAAGGCUGCUGUGGCUGAAUUAUUUCCUCAUUUCAUGUCUUGCUAGUUCAACCACUGUCCGUCCUAGUCUCGUCUAGACCUCAACAUAUUUCGAUCCAUGUUUCAUAAUAGAGUAACACAUAGGCUCUAUAUCAUAUUGUACCUUGUUUGUAAUUUCACACUUACUUUUGAUUCACCUGUCCUCUGCCCUCGCGCUACAGUAACAACAGGCAUGUCUGUGGUGUGACCGUUUGACGGUAGGAAGUUUCCGUCUCCUGGAGGGCCAAGGACAGUGAUAAGACUGUUUGUAAACCUGCUUGGACAUUCCACUGCAGAGAAUACUAACGAGCAUGUGUAUCUGCAGUGGAGAGGCAGGACUGGGUGCUGGAGGGGCCUUGACAAGGCCCUCAUUAUUGAGGUGCAGAGAGUGGGAGAACGGCAGAGAGAGAGAGAGACCUCAGUCUGGACCAGCUAGUACAGAGCGAGAACGAGAUGACCAUGACACAACAUUCUGAGGACAAAGAGAGAGCUGCUAUUUCAUAAUAAUGCCACUUUCACAACUUCUAUUGCUCCUCCCUCCGCAUCGUCUUUCUGCUUACCUCGCUGGUGUUACUGUGAAACUAAAUUUCUCUUGAGUUAUCUUUACUGUGAAAUCUUUGACUCACCCAAAACAAACCACAGCUCUAUAAAUAGUGUCUGCUGAUGUUGAAGGCAGACAUGCCACACCUGUGUUUCCCCUUAGUUCAUUGACCUGAUUCUUACCUGGGCCACGUUCAAUAGGCAAACUCUGUGGAAGGUUGCGGUGAGAAAUGUUAUGACUUGACCUGAGAUUAAGCCCAUUCUACAUGUCAAAGAGUAAUGUUUAUUGUACAUAAUUUUAACUGAACGUUCCACAAUGUUCUACCCUGCAGAACUCAGCCCUGUUGUAAAAUAUUCCCCCACCACCUCGUGAGGGGGAGGGAAAUUAGAGACACAUCGAACAAAUUACUCAAUAAUAAUAAUAGCAGUAUGCUGAUUGGUUAAAACCGCAUUCCAGGCGUUGUCUAUUCCAUAAGUUCCCCACUGGCUAAAUCUAUUACGUUAAAAUGCGAUUUACUCUGUUUACUCUGACUGCGCCAUCCACUGAAAAGACACAGAAGAAUUGAACAAGAUUCCUGUACGUUCUACCUGGAACUAGUACAUACGGCAGCAAAUACACUGAGAAGAUUCUUGUAAUGUCUGAAUUAAAGAGGUCGUAACAUUAGACAGAAAUGUUGCAUGUAUUAUAUAAAAAACAUACAAGAGUAUGAAGGGGAGGAUGAAGGGGGAAAUCGGAAGGAGCGGGAGGAGGAGAAACAGCGGCAGAGAGGAGGAGGAGGAGGAGGAAUGAGUUUGAUAGCAGCAGUGAAUCUAUUUUGACAUCCCUCAACAAUCAUUCUCACGGUAGUACAUUGGUAGUAAUCAUUGACAUGUCAAAGCUAAGCAGGGCUGGGCUUGGUUAAAACUCUGUAUGGGAGACCAAAGGCUGGAAGGGUGACCUGCAAAUAAAUCCACUGUCCAGUAAAAUGUGCUGCCCAGCCUUAACCAUGGAAACUCAUACCUGAAAAUGUAAACGUAUACUGAACAAAAAUGUAAACGCGACAUGUAAAGUGUUGGUCCCAUGUUUCAUGAGUUGAAAUAAAAGAUCCCAGAAAAUUUCCAUACUCACAAAGUGCUUAUUUCUCUCAAAUUUUGUGCACAAAUUUGUUUACAUCCCUGUUAGUGAGCAUUUCUCAUUUGUCAGGUGGAUGGAUUAUCAAGAAGCUGAUUAAACAGCAUGAUCAUUACACAGGUGCACCGUGUGCUGGGGCCAAUGAAAGGCCGGUCUAAAAUGUGCAGUUUGGUCACACAACACAAUGCCACAGAUGUCUCAAGUUUUGAGGGAGUGUUCAAUUGGCAUGCUGACUGCUUGAAUGUCCACCAGAGCUGUUGACAGAGAAUUGAAUGUUCAUUUCUCAACUAUAAGCUACCUCCAACGUUCGUUUUAGACAACUUGGCAGUACAUCCAACUGGCCUCACAACCGCAGACCACGUGUAGCCACACCAGCCUCCAGCCUACUGACUGGUUUUCUGAUCCACACCCCUACUUUUUUUUUUUUAGGUAUCUGUGACCAACAGAUGCAUAUCUGUAUUCCCAGUGAUGUGAAAUCCAUCAAUUAGAGCCUAAAUCAUUGAUUUCAAUUGACUGCUUUCCUUAUAUGAACUGUAACUCAGUAAAAUCUUUGAAAUUGG